AUGGAAAAAACAGAAGAUCAUUUCGAAGUGGACGAUAUACCACAAAGAAGCUGGGGGCGAACAGAUCCAUUGGUAGUAACCAUACCCGCGCGAAGGAUGAAGAAGGAUAAAGAUGCGAAAGCUUCAGAGGAAUGGGCGAUCGAAGGAACUUUGAUAGAUAUCGGGAGCUCAGCCGACAUCUUGUUUUAUCGCACGUUCAAGGACAUGGGAUAUAACGAUGUAGACUUAAAGCCGUCUGCAUACAUCCAUGGUUUCAACAAAGCAAUAACAAAGCCAAAAGGGGAGGUAAUUAUAAAUAUGCCACUAGGAGAGAUAGAAAUGCAGGUAACAUUGUGUGUAGUAGAUGUGGAGUCACCGUACAACAUGCUCUUGGGAAAACCAUGGUUGCAUGGUAUAAAAGGCGUGGCAUCAACCUUACAUCGAUGCAUACGUUUCCCGAUGCCGAGCGGAAUAGGAGAAAUUGCAGGUGACACAGAAAGAGCAAAAUCCUGUAACCAGGUAGAUGUUAAGAACUAUGAAGGAAGAGCAAAAAAACGAAAAAUAUAG